UCUCCCGGUCUCUGAAGGGUUAGUUGUAACUGUGCGGUGUGCAGUUGUUCGCACCCGCUGAAGGAAUGUGAGCUAUGUUAUUGUCGAGCUCACAUCAAAAGACAUAAUUAAUAGUUGAGGUCUUUAAUACGCAGAAAAGAAUUAGGAAUGUGCUUCGUGGGCGUUAUUUCGUCUACAAGAGACUGGUAAUUGGUUUCAUGGGAACUGACUGUGUGGCGCAUUACCAAAGGACACUGCAGUCUUGACAUUCGUUCGGAGAUCUGAGCAAUGUCCUCCCAGCCAGAUAAUUUAAUACUGUCCUCGGGUCACAACUUCAGCAUGGACUACUCCUCCCAGGACUUUCACCUGAAAAUCAUCAGCCUGGGCUUCAUCUUCUACACCUUUAUCUUCCUCCUCUCUCACAUCAUAUCUAGCCUGCUGUUUCACACCUACCGCUCACUGUCAGCCAAAGAAAAGGUCUUCUGGGAUUUGGCUGCGACACGGGCUGUGUUUGGCAUCCAGAGCACAGUGGCAGGGCUUCGGGCGCUCAUGGAGGACUCUGCCGUCUACUCUGAUAAGAUUCUCGGGCAGGAGGACUGGUCCUGGUUCAAUGUGCUGACCGCUACGGGAUUCUUCCUGUUUGAAAAUGUGGCCCUUCAUGCGUCCAAUGUGGCAUUCCGGUCCUUUGACCUGCCGUUAGCUGUGCAUCACUUCUUCGCCCUCGCGGGGUUCGCCGGGGCAGUUGUGUGGAACUGGCUGGGUCAUUUCCUCCCUAUGGUGACUUUGCUGCUAGAGAUGAGCACACCCUUCACCUGCAUCUCCUGGAUGCUGCUUAAGGUGGGCUGGUCUAAGACACUGUUCUGGAAAGCUAACCAAUGGAUGAUGAUCCACAUGUUCCACUGCCGGAUGGUUCUGACCUACUACAUGUGGUGGGUGAGUUGGAAUCAUUGGGAGGAGAUGAACAAUCACAUCCCAUUGGUUCAGAGACUGCUGUUCUUCACAGGCCUCUUCCUGCUCACCUUCUUCCUCAACCCCAUUUGGACGCAUAAGAAAACCCUGCAGCUUCUCAAUCCCGUGGACUGGAACUUUGACAACAAACCUGCAGCAGAGAACGGACCAAUCCGAGACCAGGCUCGACACAAGCCCCAUGCCAGCUGAUUAACACUAACAUCAAGGUUUUAUGGGAAAUACAGUCUAGAGAAGAUACAGUCUGCUAUACAAAGUUGGGUUUUUAGUUGGGCUGCACGAUAAAUCGCAUGCGAUAUUUA